AUGGCACAUCGUCUGAGCAGUCUCAGGGUGUACAAGUUUGAUGUGCCUUAUAACUCCGAUGUCGGAGUUAUAUUAGUUACAUCAGGUCUACGCUCAGAAGGUUGUCGAUUUCCAUUGACAAGAUACACGGGACAAGCCGGAAGAGAUUCAGAGGCUGGCUUGUCUCAAUCUUUUGUAGACCUAGUUGCUGGUUUCUUCGAAGAGAAUAGUAUCAACAUCACUGACCAGAUCUUUGCCUACUUGUCCUCCAACUUCUCUUUCAAACAUCUCGUGUCCGUUCCUCCCGCGUGUCCCGUCCUCGUUUUUCACUUCCAUACCCGACAGUCGCAUCUCAAAAUCCAUGAGCUUGAUACCUCACCAUACGAUGUUAUGGAACUGUUGAGACUCGGUGAAAAUAUCAUGAGUUUCGAUAAUGUUGAGGAGAGGCUUGUACGAAUCGCUCCGGCCACGUCGGAGAUCGUGGAUUGCUACCGAGAGCCGGAGUUGUGCUCUCUUUGUGGUGGAGGGUAUCCAAAAGCUGAGGAGAUUGCUCACAAAACGGUUUGUAAUCACGUCUUUCAUGGUGCUUGCAUCUCAAGUCACUUGCUGAAUGUUCCUCACUGUCCUGUUUGCUGGACAAGAUUGCCACCCGUCGACAUCCGAACUCUCCUCUUUUAA